AUGCGUCUACUGGUGCCGUCGCUGGCACUCGCGGUGGGUGGCGCCUCGGCGGCCUCGUCGUCGUCUUCUUCGUCCGUGUCCUGGUGUAGCAACUCCACGUCCAGCGCCGUCCUUACCUACUGCGGCGACGUGUGUACGACAGGUGAUCCGUGCGUACAGUACAGCUCCUCGUCCAGCUGCAGCGAGGCCUCGCGGAACGACUGCGUCCGACACAGUUCCUCGUGCACGUACCAGUGUCUGGACGCGUACAACUCAGUCGCCAAGAAGAUCACAGUCUUUGUCAAGGAACCUUCAUCCUCCGACACAUGGACGUCCAGCGCUAGUGGCAGCUCCGCCGCCGCCUUCCCGAGUGCGGAGAUCGACACAGUCAGCGGCGUUGAAUACGCGGAGGCGACUAGAAAUAUCCAGAUCACGGGGUUUGACGACACGAAUGUGCAGAAAGGAUCGCUCAAGUCCGUGACUUUCGACGAAGACACGUUCGCUACAGCCACCGUAUUGGAGCAGCUGAUCUUGACCAAUUUGGAUCUCGCAUUGCUUCCCUCCGGCUUCUUGCCGACCACAAUCUCGUUACUCACGAUGGAGAACUGCAACCUGGCCACUUUGCCGUCGCAAUUGGGCAACCUGGCGAAUAAAAACCUGGUGACGCUGAACCUGACGGACAACUCGAUCGCUACCUUCGACAUGGCGCUUCCGUCCGUCACCACAUUGGACCUGUCAAACAACAAGUUGACCGAGUUCCCAUCCGUCAUUUUUGACAUGGCAAACCUCAACGUCUUAAACAUCGGUGGCAACAGUAUCACCAGCUUGACUGUGACUCCAACACAGUAUAGUUUCUUGCGGAAACUCUCGUCGGACAGCACGCUCAGCGUCACCGCCAGCGCUUGCUCCAGUGGCACCGCAACCGACGUCCUGGACUCGGUGGUUUGUGUGUCUACUGAGGCUGCGUCCUCCUCGUCAUCGGAUGGAUCAGACAGCUCGUCUUCCAGCACUCUAAUCAUUGUCGUCGUCGUGCUAGCUGUCGUGGUGGUGCUUGGCGUCGCAGGGUUCUUCCUAUACCGCCGAAAGAUGAAGAACCAUGGCUUCUACCUGUCCAACACGCCCGAUAUGGUGGGCGUGGCCACUCCGCUGUCCUCAAACAACACUCCUGCACGCAACAGAGCUGGUAGUCGAGGACGCGCUUCGUCCCAGCAGCGACCUCCAACAGCUGGCGGUCGUACCCCUCGCAGCUCGAUCCCAAACGUGUUACUCGCAGGUUUCUCCGAUCAUGGCAAGAAAAUGUCGGAUGCGCAGCCUCGACGCAGCAGUGUGCAGUCGACUCUUCCGUCGCGUGCAAAUGGUCGGCAAGCCAGGAGCUCUAUCAUCAGCUCUCACGUGGCGCAGAUCCCAAGCGAUGAGCUCAAUUACACGCGCAAAAUCGCCAAAGGCGCUUUUGGUGAAGUGUGGCUGGCGUUGUACGGCAAAGACCUGGUGGCUGUCAAGAAGCUGAUCACUGUCGAGGGAACCAGCGUGCAGGACUUUGUCUCGGAGCUGAAUCUGCUCGCAUCGCUGUCGCAUCGGUGCAUUCUUUCGCUGAUUGGCGCGUGCUGGGACGACGAGCUGACUGAUAUCCAGAUUGUCAUGGAGUACAUGGACUCUGGAGACCUCCUCUCGGUGCUGCGUAAGAGCCCGCCAUCGGUGCUGACGUGGGAGAACGGCAAGGCCACGUACUGCGUACAGGUGUGUGAAGCAGUGUACUACUUGCACAGCUUGCAACCUGCUCUGAUUCACCGAGAUAUCAAGUCUCGGAACAUUCUAGUGGACUCGCAAAAAGGAGCCAAAUUGUCGGACUUCGGAGAGAGUCGAGAGCGCACAGUUGCGAGGACGAUGACAGCUGGGGUGGGUACGGCUCGUUGGGUGGCACCAGAGAUCAUCCUGGGCGAGGACUACAGCGAGCUAGCCGACAUUUACUCGCUUGGCGUUCUGCUUACCGAGAUGGACACGCACCAGAUUCCGUACCAGACGCUGGGUCUCGAGGAGUCGAUGAUCGUGCAGCAGGUGGCUGUAGGAAAGCUCCGACCAAAGGUGUCGGACACGUGUCCCGAGAUCAUCCGCCGACUGACUCACGAGUGUCUCCAGUAUGAUCCCAGUCUGCGACCGUCGGCCGCUCGUGUUCUGCAGACGCUAAUGGCGUCGCCGCUUGUUCGUCGACCAUCCGUUAGCUUGGCGGACGACUAA